AUAUUUAAUGCAGAGGACAGCUUCAUGCUCCUCCGACGGACAACGUUGCCUUUCCUCGAAGCGUGCGUCGAUGAUUUCUCAUAUGCCCGAAAAAACUUCCUCCUUCCCCUCCCACAGUCGAGUCUCUCGAGCGAUUCCCUCCGCAUGGACGCUGCUCCGCGAGCAUAAGCUCUUGAUGAGGGUUGCACACAAUGCCCGUUCCGCAACGACGAUUCCAUGGUGACGAGGAGCUGGGAAAGAAAGACGAUGAUCAUAAACCGGGUGUGAAAGGUCCUAUGGGUCGUGCGUGGCAGCAACGGAGGCUGCCAAAUGGCCCUCGUCGAAGCAACCUCAAAAGGAUAGCAUUGGGCUUCCUGGUCGUGAUUGGAUUCUACUACUUCUUCAAGAACAUGCCGACAGAUCUUGAGCAACCUAGACAGAGGCCUUCAUAUGUGCCUCCUUCUGGACCGAAUGCGCCAGCCUCGAAAGCAGUUCCGAAUAGAUACGACUUUGUCACGAAGACAGCAGAGGACGAGACUCCAGAUGCACCAUUGCACAAUUUCAAUGGACCCAUCAAAUUCUACCAACUUGCUUCGACUCUACACGGGGUGAAAACCCGAGGUUCUGACUUGGUCAAUCAAAACGUGCUCUUUGCAGCUGCUAGUCUCAAGAGUGCUGCGAAUUUGUUGCCCAUAGCAUGCGAUACUGCUAUUCGAGCCAGGAAUUAUGUUCAUUUUGCUCUAAUGGGAAGAGAUGAUAUCUCUAUGGAUAUACUGAGAUCUGUCAAUGGUAUCGGGAACGAUUGUAAUAUUGUAUUUCAUGAUGCUCGACCCGAUUUCUCGGUACAAAGUUCGGAUUGGCGCAUGGAAGUCAGCAGCGCCGCUGCCUUCAAGCACAUUAAUGACUUCGUUAAUCCUCAGGCAACGUUCGUAGAUUCCUCUGGAGAUGAGGAAACUUGGUUCUCGAAAGGAUUGAAGCAGCGUGCUGGGAGUCUUGGAAGAACUGUAAUCGAACUUCCUGAAAAUGCCGAACAGAAUUUAAUGUGGAUUACACUGCUGGACAGUUCUUCAUUGAGUGCCUGGAAUAAGGUCUCAAUCAAUAUCAUCAUUCAUGCCCAGCCAUCUGCCUCUGGAUCUUUGAUAAGGUUACUCGAGUCGUUGAAGAAAGCCGAUUUCUUUGCAUCAUCAUAUCCCCCUCUGACCAUCGAACUUCCACACGAUGUCGAUGAGCCUUCAAAACGAUACUUGGAGCGAUUCAAAUGGCCACCCAAAGGCGAUCAAAGUGGAAGUCUUCUCACGUUACGACAUCGAAUUCCACAGCAUAGUCUCAAUGCCGACGAGAGCUCAGCUCGCUUCCUCGAGGGGUUUUGGCCUAAUAAUCCUUCCUCAUCCCAUGUUCUCGUCCUAUCCCCACAAGUCGAACUGUCCCCGCUAUUCUAUCACUAUCUCAAGUACACAAUGCUCGAGUACAAAUAUGCGUCUAAUAAUCCAUCGGCCCAGAACCUCCUGUCUCUGAGUCUAGAUUUACCCUCGACGUAUCUGAACGAUACGGCCAGUUUUACCCCUCCAUCAGCAAAUUCCACCGUCGGAGGCAAUGUCAUCACCACUGGUACCAGUCAAUUUCUCUGGCAAGCCCCGAACAGUAACGCAGCGCUCUUUUUCGGAGAUAAAUGGGUCGAAUUACACGAUUUUGUUGCUGAGUCUCUGGAAUCCCAACGCACAUUACCUACUCCGACCACCCUGAAUGAAAAACUGGUCAGCAAGACCUAUCCAUCAUGGAUGGAACACGUGCUAAGACUUGCUCGUGCACGUGGAUAUUGGACCAUAUACCCAAGUUUCGAAACGGAAGAUCGUCUCGCAACUCUACACAACGAUCUCUACCAACCACCAGAAGAAUAUUCAGAAGAAGUGAAUGCUGAAAUCGACCAGUCUGAUGAAUUGACGGCUGAUCCAGAUCACUAUCUCUCGCUGAAACAUAGCGAGACUUCACUCAUAAAAACCUCAAUCCUUACUAUGCUGCCCAACAAAGGCGACCUGCCAAAGGUAUGGGACAUGCCAUUAUUGAGUUGGGACGGAGAGCAGAUAGUAGUAGAUGACUUCCAUCGACAGGCUGUGAAUUACAGCAACGUAUUUAGAAGGGAAAUUGGGGGUUGCGGUACUGAUGAUAUGGAGAAAGUGAGGGUAGAUUUACUUGCUGGGGAUUUGUUCUGCUUGAAAGAUCAGAAGACUUGAAUCCGGUCUGGCGUUCAGGGAGGAGUGGUAUACAAAUUCUAGUCGUAUAGUAAUUUUGCAUAUACCCUUAGCAUAAUCUGUACAAUCAAUGUCCAACAGAAAGCAGAACAUUCAC